AAUAGAUGUAUUGCUUGCAAAAUCCCUAAAAGCCCUCUAAUGGCAGAACUUCAUCUUCCCUGUAUAUGCUCAUCAAUCGUUCAGUUCAGUGACCAAAUUACCAAAAAACUCACCAAUGAUAUACCUGAGAAAGUUCAAUUCUUGGCGUUUUCUAACAAUAGCAUCAACAUGCUUGAAUUCUUCAAUCCCAUAUCAAUUUUCAUCAUUUUUGGGGAGACCCUUUUCAUUUUCAGCUCAGAUUGAGAAAGAAUCAACUAGUUCAGAUAGUGCAGCAAAGAAACCAUUGGGUGUUUUCUUCCAAGAAGCUGUUGGUCUGUUAGAAAAGUCUGAAAACAAAGAAUUGAAGGGUAAAUUGGAAAAAUUGGAGGAAGAAGUGAGGUUUUUGCUGGAGAUGAGGAAAAAUGAAAAGGAAGCUAGAAAUGGUGAUGGGGUAUUGGAAAAUAAGGGGAAGAGCAAGAAAUUACAUGAAUUGUUUAUGAAUGAGGAGGUUAAGAGUGUAAAAUCAGUGAAGUCGACUCCGUUGAGUAUGGAGGAUCAUACUGUGUUCAAAGAGCUUUCAUCUGAUAUGGUGAUGUUUGUCACUCAUUUAUACAAUGAAGGGUACUUUAAAUAUUCAAACUUUCUGUCUGGGAAGAAGUUUGACAUUACAUGCUUCGACAAUAGCUAUGCCCGUAAUUUUAUAACGUAUGCAGCUAAGCAGUUUGGUAGAGAUCACCAAGAGAUUGUUAAAUGGUUCUCUGGCAGUGACCUGAAAAAAGUCGCCCUUUUUGGUUGCCCUUCUAUUGCAAAGCAGAAUGUUUUAUCUGCUAAGAGGUUGCGUAAAUAUUUCAGAAUUCAAGAAGAUAAUGUAUGCAGCAAAUGUGCCUUAAAAGCAUCAUGCAAGUUUGUGAAUCAGAAUGUAAGGAAAGGCGAUAGGACAAAUUUACACUUGGCUGCCGUAUUGAGGGUCAUUAUUCUGUAUGCGCUGGAAUCAGUUCCUCCUCAGCUAGUAAUACCAGAUGAAAUAAAGGCUUCUGUCAGUCGGUUGUUGAUGGACAUUUUGAGACUUAGUCAAACUGUGUCUUAAUGCUUCUUAAGAAUCCGAUGAGUUGAUCAGCAUAUAGGUAAAAUUGGUCUGAUAUCCCGACAUGAUCAUGCUAGUUCUAUGUCUUGUUGUAAUCUAUUUUGUCAUGCUUAGUCACAACUAGUAGUGCCUAUGGUAAUGAAUCAACGUGCCAAUAUGGGAAGUCGGGUUGAAUCUCUGGAUAACAACGGAACCUUUGUUGGUAGAGGUAAUCAAAGUCAAUUGCUCAUUUCUUAUAGGAAAUCUGUGAAUGCUUCUCCUUCGAAACACAUCUUUCUUGAUCCACGACCUGAGAUCUUUAACAAGAUUUCGUUUAACUUUGCAGAUAACCUAAAUGUACCGAAGUCAAAUAUUUGCGUUUGCAUGAAAUAUAUCAAGAAGUUUCUCCCAUAAAUGUACUAAGAAUUGCUUCUUUAGAACAGAAAUUUGGUAAUAUUUGCCAUAUUUGAUAGUGAUGUUUAAUACUGAAUAUAUAUCUGGUAAUUGUGGUAUUCAUUUGAUUGAAUUCAAUGUAUACUAAAUGUGAUGUUCAUUUAGAAUGUAAAUGACUAAUAAUCUUGUUGAAUGGAAAAAUGAAAGGCUACUGAAAUCGUUCUUUACUCGCUUUAAGUAUUUCCCUCUAGCCCGUGAAAGUGAAGUUAAACCCAAUCUGACACAUCUUCUAAAAAGAAAUGUGAAUUUGGUCCUUUAAACUAAAUGUGGCAAAAGGAAAGGAAAAUUUAUGGACUGAUCCCGUCAUCUCCACCUUCACCUUGUAGGAACUACGAGAUCAUCCCAUGGACCCUUUCGGCAUUCAGGUGGCAAGGAUUGGAAUGAACCAAAGGUGAAGGACUGCAGUGGACAACAAAACCAAUAGAGGGAUCAACUUAUCCAGGUGAAAGAUAUCCAGAAGAGGCAUUGGUGAAAAGUGUCCCAAGUAACAUGACAAAGCCUGUCAAUUUACUUGAUAUUACACUGAUUACACAACUACGAAAAGAUGGACACCAGUCGAGAAUUGCCAGUGGUGCGUUGACGGACUGCAGCCACUGGCGUGUAGCUGGUGUACUCUGUUUGGAAUGAACUAUUGUACGCAAUCUUGCUCCAGAAAUAAUUUCUGAAGCUAGUGUAUUGAAAUCUUGAAUCUCAAUUUUCAUGUAUAAAUGAAAGCUGAUGGCUAGGUGGCUUUUA